UAAAUAAAUUAUCUUUGUCUAUGGUCAAACGCGAUAAAUUCUAAUUUUGGGUUGAAUGUGAAGGCAUUUUUUCCAAAUAAACCUUAAAUUUAACAAAUAAAUCAUAAAUUAAAAUGUUUGUUGAUAAAAUCUUUCACAACUAAAGUUGAUUGUUUGUAAGCAAACGCGUGUGUCCGUUGGUAACUCAGUGAGCAUCCUUUCCGCUGUAAGGUUCAAUAAUGGCAAAAUCACAAAUAAAUACUAAAUCCAGAAAUUAUGCGCGGGAUAAGGAAACGUUUCUAAAGGAUUUAAAACAGUUUAAUGAGAGUAAAAAUAUACCGUACAAAAUACCGGUAGUGAACGGAGUAGAUAUAGAUUUGUACUUACUUUAUUCACUUGUUAUACAGCGGGGAGGCCUUAGUAGGGUAAAUCUAAAUGACACGUGGGAAUCAUUUUUACGCCAACUACGAUUACCACAUCCCUGUGUAAAUGGAUCUACACUACUACGAAGGAUAUAUGGCACAUAUUUGGAAAAGUAUGAAAGAGCCAAAGGGCCACCAGGAAGGGACGAUGAUAACGACAUGGAUGAAGAUCCUAGGAGAGGAAGGGGCAGUGGAAUGCCCAGGAUUUCCUUUGGUGGUGGAACUUAUAUAUCAGCAUCAGGAGAAACUCUUCGUCCGGGCAACAGAAUUGCUGGUCCAUCUGAAAGGUUGACACUAUCAUUGCUAUCACCCAUGCCCAAUGAGCAGGACUUUGCUGUUAACGUCUGCACAGUUCUCGCCGCUGAUCAUUCUAAUAGACUGCCUUUGAGCACAACCCCUCAUAUAUUGGACUUCUUAUUGGCGCAUGCUGGAGUUUAUAACCACUCCAGUCUAAGAGACACCAUUGGUCGGUCAUACUACGAAGCCCGAGGAAGAUAUCCUCAUGAGUUCUGGCAGCUGAGAGCUGGUGGCGGUGGUGCUAAGGAACUGGCAGACGAGACCAAGUUCAUGCAGCCUGGCAUAGAACAGCCGGAACUGAUGGUUCAAGCUCUAGCAGCUCAUAAUACACUGACAGACUGUUUGAUGCAAGGGGAGGGAGAUGAUGACUGUUUGGAGAAGAUUAUUGAAGACGACCUGCUUGAAGACUGGGUGACGGAACCUUCGGAAGAAGAUCAGCUGUUCGCGCCGGAGCUGGCGGGCGGCGCGAGUUGCGUAUACACGCAGCGCGUGUUGCAGAUUGCGUCUAUUGUGCGCUCGCUGUCUUUCCACGAGGAGAACGUGCAGUAUCUCGCCAGGAACGCUACACUGAUCAGAUUCCUGUUACUCUGUGCAAACUGUUGGGUCGGAACAUUGAGGCAAAGUGGUUUGGAUACCCUGGGUAAUGUUUCAACAGAACUUAUCAUAAAGGAUCCAGCGACGUGUUUGAUAUCUAGACACGUGUUGUCUACGAUACAAUCUGCACUAGUGUCACAGGACCGUGCAAGAGUUCUGGCGGCUUUGGAGUUGCUCAAUAAACUGGCGCAAAAUGAGGCGAACGAAGACGCGUUGCUUAAAUCGCUUGAAGCCAAGGUGUACAGUGACGUGUGCGCUCUGUUGACUCUACGCGACAUCAUGGUGCUGGUGUGCACGCUGGAGUGCGUGUACGCACUGACGGGGCUGGGCGACCGUGCGUGCGAGGCCGUCGCUAGAGUGCCCGGCUUGCUUCAGACGCUGGUCUCACUGGUCACCGUCGAGGCGCAGAGCUAUGGCCCCCGAGCGUGCAUACUGAUGCGCGUGGUGGAGACGGUGAGCGGGCCGCAAGCCGCCGCGAGCGUCGAGAGAGAGCCCGACAAGCCGCACCCCAUACCAGCGCCACAGUCCCAACCGAGCACGCCUUCAAAGCAAAUAUCGGAGCCGCCUCCUUUGGCCACGGUGUCGAACCUGGCGCCCACGGUGCCCACCACAGCGCCCAUGUCUACAUUGCAACAGUCGCACAUACAACAGAGGACUGUGCAGGAAAACGAGCAUUUCGUGCAAGCAUGGCUCAGAGCGUCCUACGAGGCGCUGCCGGCGAACGACAACAGCACGAGCGACGCCGCGGAGGUCUACCGAGCGUACCUGGCCUGUUGCACCAAGCUGUCGCGCAAGGGCGUCAUCGCGCCUGCGCACUUCCCGCGCCUCGUCCGAACUGUUUUCGGUGGCACCGUGGGACCCAACACCAUAAGCACAUCGUCAGGCGAAACUCAACACGUAUACGUCGGUAUACGAGCGAAGAAUGUGCAGAAUAGGACCAAUCCAUCUGCUGGUCCGUCGUCACCCAUACUGAAGGCGCAACUGACCAACAAACCGGCUGUCAGCGAGCCGAAACCAGUACCCCAACAACCACAGAUCCAACAGCAGCCACCGCACCCAGCGUUGUCUCAAGCGUUGGAAUCCACCGCGUCCAACACCACGCUCAUAAAACACCUCCUAGCGCACAAAGUAAGCCCCGCCCCAGCAACGCACGCGCAAGUUGCUCAAAGACAACAAAGUCAACAGAGGGUAGUGCCGACACAGGCCGGCACUGUUGUGGUUCAGCCUACACAAACAACAGGUAUGGAAGUGGAUCCUGAGGCGCUGAUCAAAUGUACCACAAUAAUACCAGGCGGCGUGACCACCAGCCAGAACGUGCAAGGCGAAAAGAUGAUCGUCAGUGCGGUAGAAGAAGUACUAGUACCAAAAGAAGAGCCCGUGCAAAUUCAGAUCGAUGAGCAGGCGCAGCUGACUAUCAAAUCAGCCCAAAACAAAAUGCUAGCUGACCUCCUGGAGAAAAAGUCCAAUCCUCCAGUACAGGUUGUACCAAUGGGUCAACAGAUCAACGCACCGACCAUACAAAUAACAGAGACGGGUCAAAUAGUCCAAGUGAAGUCAGAUAACCCACUCAUACAAAUAAACACAGACAACGUACAACCAUCUGGACCAUUCUUCCAAAUCAAAAACGAACAAGGACAGCUAAUACAAAUCAAGAAUGAUCAAGGUCAAAUCAUACAACUCAAAAGCGAUCAGCUGCAAGGGCUUUUGCAGUUCAAGAAUGAUCAGAAUCAAAUUGUGAUCAAAAACGAUCAGUUGUUACCGCAGUUGAUCCAGCAAAGCGUGAUCCAGGGUAUCAAGUCUGAAAAGGAUCAUAUAAUGGAGACGGUGGUGACAGAUCACUCAUACACCGAACCUCCGAAUAAGAAGAUUAAGGUCGAGGAUACCACCGAGACAACUUCUCCCCAAGAGAGCGUGUCGAAAACCGCCGCAAACUUGUACGCGGCGAUCGCGGCGUCGGCGCUCGAAGAUGAAGAUGAUUUGGUGCAACAGCCGACAAUGCAAGUUCAACAGCCGACUUUGCAAGUGCAACAGCCAACUCUACAAGUGCAACAGCCGACUUUGCAAAUGCACCAGACUCCGGCUAUACAGGUGCAACAACCUACGCUGCAAAUGCAACAGCCCAUGUUACAAGUGCAGCCGAUGGACGUACAAAACAUUAUAGCUUCACAAUCCGGACAGAUUAUAUUACAAGAAAAGCAAAUACCAACUCAAGCGACACAGUUCAUGCAACAGCCAAUGCAAAUCAUCGCCACACCAAGCAACACGCAAGGAGGACUUAGCUACAUAACGCAGAACAUACCCGGCAAUAUGAUGCAGAAAACUAUCAUCAUAGUGCAGAACCCUGGCGCCGGGCCUUUGACGUUGACGGUGAACAACCCAUCUGGUCUGGACGAGGCGACGCUAAACAACCUUAUUGCGCAGGCCACAGAGGCGAUUACUCAACAGCAAAUCAUUCAGAAUUCGGGGGUGAUACAGUCGACGCAAAGGGUGAUUGUGAGUCAACCCACCCUCGUCAGCACUUCACAACCCAUAGCCGUGGUCAAAACCACCUUCACACAGAACGCCCCGCAAAUAACGCCGAGUCAGCAACCUAUAAUAACAACCCAACCGCAACCGCACAAGGCGCAAAUAGUCAACCAGCAACCGCAACAACAGAUUGUCGUCACCCAAAAACAACCGCCAGCCUUAAUCAGCACCUCGAGCAACAAUCAAAUUAUCAGCAACCAGCUAGUUGGUAACAACCAGUUAGUAGGGAACAAUCAAUUAGUUGCGAGCAACCAGAUAGUUGGGAGCAACCAACAAAUAAUUCAAGGUAACCAACAGUUGAUGCAAGGCAACCAGCAGAUCAUAGCGGUGUCCAACAACCAGCAGAUCAUAGUGAACACGCCUAUGAAGCAAGGCGUGCAUCGGGUCAUGCAACAGCCUCAGAGGAAUCAGGCGCCCGCGACCAGCGCAUCCAACACUUGUGAGGCGAAGAGUGGGGGGACACAGAGUAAGAAGGGUCAAAGUCAGCAACAACCGGUAAUGCGUCAAGUGAUAACCCGACAACCAGUCAUGGUCGGCAACACGAAGAUCGGCGACAAGGAAAUGGUCAUCUCCCAACCCGUUACAGAGACAAAACCGCCGCCUCUCAUGAAAACGGUGACCCCUCCGCCGUUGACUCUACCGCCUGGAGUGGAAGAUACGCCGUGGAUAUGCCACUGGCGAGGCUGUGGGAAAAUAUUCUCGAACGCGUCAGAGGUGUUCUCUCACGCGGCGCGCACGCACUGCCCGAGCGCGGCGGGCGGCGAGGCGCCGUGCAUGUGGCUCGACUGCGACCGAGUGCCGCGCCGCACCUUCGCGCUGCUCAACCACCUCACCGACAAACACUGCAGCCCCCACGCACUAAAGGCGAUAUUCAACUCGCGGCGUCACAUAGCGGCGGAGGCGGAAGCCAACAAGCCAGUUUCAGUGGGAUACCCGCCCAACGCGGCGUUGGCAGCGCUCAACAAGCAUGCCACAGACACCAUGAACCCACGGGAGCUUAUGUCACUAACACGCGCCCGUGUGCAGCAACGGGACGAUGUGAGUUGCACGCCGGAUACAUUGGAUGAGAAUGAAGGCCCCGUGACGAAAAGCAUUCGGCUUACGGCUGCCCUGAUAUUGAGGAAUAUCGUCAUUUAUUCUAACACUGGAAGAAGGCUCCUCCGUUCGUUCGAAGCGCACCUAGCUGUGAUAGCGCUGAGCAAUGUUGAGGCGUCUCGAACGAUUGCGCAGGUUCUGUACGACAUGAACAACAUUUGAGAAUCGCUCGACGGGCUGCGGCCCAAACAUAACUGACAAUAACUUCACUUGUGAUCCAGUGAUGGUGUUUGGACAAAUAAAACUGACAAUUAUUUCAUAUAAGUGGAAAAAAUAACUGUAAAUCAGUUAAGGCGGAUUUAUAUUUGGCGGAUGUGACGUCACGUGUCGUGACAUGACGUGAUGGCAAGUGUUUACAAAUAUGUCGUGUUCUGACGCAUCAGGACAAUGGUUUGAAUCUAUACAGCCGCAGCUGACGCUGACAGCGUCACAAUACAGCACUGCCGCGCGCGCACAUUAUGGCGAAAUUAUAUUUGUCUGACGUGUCCUGUCGUGACGUAUCAGAAUAGAUUCGGUAUCAUACAUUUAUCAUCGCGAUAUGUCACAAUACAUAAGUGCAAACGUUGCCAUACAAAUUGUAUGAUACCGAUUCAGUUUUGAUGCGUCACGACACGACACGUCAGUCAAAUGUAAUUCCGCCUUUAUGUCGUAUUCUGACGCAUCAGGACAAUGUUUAUUAAUUAAUACAGCCUCAGCCGACGCUGACAUGACAGCGUCACAACACAGUACUGCCGCGCGCGCACAUUAUGGCGAAAUUAUAUUUGUCUGACGUGUCGUGUCGUGACGCAUCAGAACAAAAUCGGUAUCAUACAUUUUUCUAUGGCAACGUUUACACUUAUGUGUUGUGACAUGUCGUGCCGCAUAUAAAACGUAUGAUACCGAUUCUGUUUUGAUGCGUCACCACACGACACGUCAGACAAAUAUAAAUACGGCUUAAGUGUAAUCGUCAUACAAAAUGAUACCGAUUCUGUUUUGAUACGUCACGACACGUCACGUCAGACAAAUAUAAUUUUUUUUAGUUUAUCGCAUAAACACUGGUGUUUAACAAACUGAUAAUAUUAUAAUUUUCCUUGUAUUACAGCGAGGAUCAGACAACCAUAGCUAACAGUAAUUUAUUGUGUAUUUGUGAUUUAGCAAUCAUUAGUAGUGUUAUUCAACUUCAUGAAAGUACACAAUAAUAAUUAUUCCAUGUUUAUGUAAAUAUACACCAUUCUGUGUUGCAUCGUCACCUAAAUUUAACCUAUGUGGUAUUGUCAGAAAUAUUGUCAUUGUCUAUUACGGUGCGCUUACACGGGAAAGUAGCAAUUAUUGCUUGGAUACGUAUAUAUCUUGGAGUAAUUAAUAGAACAAUUUUGGGGAAUUUCAGUUAUAAUUGAUUUCAAAGAUUUUGUUUUAAAUUGCUCCCCGUUGUUUAUUAAUUAUUAUUUGAAUUGUUUAUUAUUUGAUUUCCUGGAAGUUUAACAAAUACUUUUUUUUUACAAAUUCAGAGACCAACAUUCUGCUUCGCUGUCAAAUUCAAACUGAUUAAGGAUAGUGUCAGAAAUGUUUAGCAUUUAUUAAUGUCUUUUACGGUGCGCUUAUAAGGGAAAGUGUAGCAACUUUUGCUCAGCAACAUGGGUAGAGCAAUCUGGAGAAAUUUCAAUUUUGAAAUUGUUUCAGUAAUACUUUUAAAUUGCUCCUUGAUUUAUAAUAUUUUUUAUGUAAGUUAACCAAUAUUGUGUAGAAUGAAACAAUUUUGAAUGUCCGUGUAAGUGCACCUUUAGUUAAGGUGAAAAUUAAUUAUUUUUUCACUCUUUAAAACUGUACAUUUUAGAAUACUCUUUUGAUAUGGUACGCAGUACUUACUGUUUAAUUAUACUAGUUUUUUUUCUAUCUAUGAAUGUGAGAAUACUUAGUAAAAAAAUCUCGAUAUGCCUCAUUUUUUCAAAAUCCGUCCGACCGUCGUUAUUUUUCUGGCUUAAAAAAGGUAGUUUUUUCACUUUAAUCAUGACUUUUGUAUGACAUUAUUAUACUAAUAUAUUUAUAGUAACUCAGUAGGUAUGUGUGUUUGAUCUACGCAGACUUCGAUUUCUAAAUAAACAGACUAUUUAAAUACUUUACAGUAAUUGAUCUGAUGUUUACCUCUUAGAACACUGUACAAAAUUAUAGCUAAGUUUUGAUUUGUUGGCAUCUAUAUGUUAGACAAACUAAGAUAGUAAUUUAAGACUUUUGAAGUAAGGGUAAAAUAUGAAUAAAAAAUUAGUAAAUUAAA